AUGCUUCACUGUAGGGAUGGUAUUGGCCUGGUGAUGAGCAGUGCCCGGUUUCCUCCAAACAUGAUGUCUGGCAUUGAGGACAAAAAGUUCAAUCUUUGUCUCAUCAGACUUGAGAAUUUAGUUACUCAUGAUCUGAGAGUUCUUCAGGUGCAUUUUGGCAAACUCCAGGGUGCUGGGUUCCCGUGCUCCAAUGGAAGUUGCGCGAUGAUGGGAUACUACGCAGACCUUUAUGUCAGAGACUCAAACACCAGCCAGAAGUUUUACCUGAACACUGGAUAUCCUAAGAACUUUUCUCGUUGGAGGUACCGUGUAUCUGUUACAAUUGCCGGCACAACAUUUGCUAUGGGCUCAUUCACCAUCUCUCUCUGUGGGAGUAAUGGAUGCAGUUGUCAGCAUAAGAUACAUAGUGGACUGAUUCACUCUGGCAUCUCAUACACGGCCUUCAUCGAUGUGGAGAAGGACAUCUAUCCAGUCAAGAAAGUGACCUUCGUCUGGCACAAACACAUGGUCUCCUUUUUUCAUCCAACGCUGACGGCUUCAUUUGUGUCAAUCCAGUAUGGACCCAAUGGCAGAAUAUACACCUUCUGCGGCAGUAACCCAAUAAAAGAAGACAUCAGGCAGACUCUGAAAGCUUGUUAGACAUCACUCCCUUAUAUAUAAU